AUGGCAUAUCAUGGGCAGUCUCAAUAUCCAAAAUCAGACGCCCCGCCGUACGCCGACAACAUCGCUCUCAGCUCUGGCAUCAACAAUUAUUCACCUGCACGAUUCUCGCAAUACUCACGAUUCGAUCCCCGAGGAUGGAGAACACGCACACAACUGAUUGCGGCCGGUGGUGUUGUAGUCAUUCUAAUUGCGAUCAUUGUCGGCGCAUACGAGGGCGUGAAAGCGAAUCGGUACCCGAACUAUUCGGCGCUGAGUUAUUCGUUAAAGGAUACGUAUGAGGGAGAGAACUUUUUCGAUAAUUUUUGGUAUUGGUCUGAUGCGGAUCCGACGGGCGGCUUUGUUGUUUACCUGCAACGAGCAAAUGCAGUCUGGUCCAAUCUCACAUACGCGACGAAUGAAUCCGCCGUGAUCAAAGUCGACACAACCUAUUCCGACACUACCGGCGGACGCAACUCCGUUCGCAUCCAGUCCAACAACACUUAUAACGACGGUUUAUUCAUUUUCGACAUCCUUCACACCCCCUACGGCUGCGGCACAUGGCCCGCCUUGUGGCUCUCGGAUUCCAGUAAUUGGCCGACCAAUGGCGAGAUUGAUAUUAUCGAAGCUACUAAUAACGGUACUUGGGGAAAUAGUAUGACGUUGCACACAACCGACAGUUGCAGUAUGGGCGUGAAGCGCAAGGAGACGGGUACGGUCACGUCGAAGAACUGCUACAAUGGAACAAACUCGAAUGAAGGAUGCGGUGUUUCGAGUACUGUUGCUUCAUAUGGGCCUGAAUUCAACAGUAACGGCGGCGGAGUAUAUGCAACUGAACUUCGCGAUGCUGGAAUUCGCAUCUGGUGGUGGCCUCGCGCUUCGAUUCCGUCCGACAUCACCAACGGCAGCCCUGACCCAUCCACCUGGGGUGAAGCUACAGCCGACUUCCCAUCUACAGACUGUAGCAUUUCAUCACAUUUCCGAAACCAAAGUAUUAUUGCCAACAUUGAUCUGUGCGGAUCAUUGGCUGCUGCCGACAAGUACUACAUUGAUGAGGCGCAAUGUCCGAGUAAUUGCACCGCGUACGUGGCUGCGAAUCCCAGUGCGUUCACAGAAGCGUACUGGGAAUUCAAGAGUUUCAAGGUUUAUCAAUCUUCGUAA